AACUGCGAUCAUGAAUAUUCAAACCGUGUCAAAUAUUCAUGAGGUAUUUUUCGCUCGUUGCACGACCCGGAAGCGGAAAUAACGCAAAGGGACGCAGGAAGUCGAGGUUGAAUUUAUAUAAUGAAUCCUCUUACAAAGGUUAAACUGAUCAAUGAACUGAACCAGAGGGAAGCACAGCUUGGCAUAAAUGAGAAAGUCUCCUGGCAUGCAGAAUAUAAGGACAGUGCCUGGAUAUUUAUAGGUGGUUUCCCGUAUGACUUAACAGAGGGGGACAUAAUUUGUGUGUUCUCACAGUAUGGUGAGAUCGCCAAUAUCAAUCUUGUGCGAGACAACAAGACGGGAAAAUCUAAAGGCUUUUGCUUUAUCUGCUAUGAGGACCAGAGGAGCACAAUUCUGGCAGUGGAUAACUUCAAUGGAAUUAAGAUAAAGGGCAGAACGAUCCGUGUGGAUCAUGUUGCCAAUUACCGUCCCCCUAAAGAUUCUGAGGAUUUGGAUGAAGUGACGAAACGAAUACGGGAAGAGGGCUGUGCUCCGAAAACCCCGCCUCCUUCCUCUUCAGAAUUCGAGGAAGAGGAGUGUGAAAUGCCAGAAAAGAAGCGCAAGAAAGAAAAGAAAGAGAAAAAGAGAAAGAAGAAAGAGAAAAAAGAAAAAAAGAAGGCCAAGGAGGAGAGGCGGGGGGAUUCAGACAGCCGAAAUUCACAUGGCAGGGUGGCAACGCCAUCCCUGACCCAACCCACCGUCAAAAAAGAAAAGGAGGAUUCUGGGUAUGACAAGUACGUCAGCACCAGUCGCUUUCCGGAUUCCGAGAGAUUUAAGGAGGACAGGAAGCCCUGGAAGGAGAAUGAAGGAAGAAGCAGGGAGUGUGAGAGGGGUGGGGUCCGGUACAGAGAUCUCCAGGGCAGCAGCAGCAGUCGCCACCACGAUGGCAGCCUGCAGGAUGGGAAAGUUGGUGAGAAGGAGGGGGAUCGGUGGUAUAACAGCCAGCGGGACUCUGACAGGGGCAGGAGAGAGGACAGACACUGGCAUUCCGAGCACUCGAGCCAGGGAAGCCGGAACAGGGAGCGGAGCGACCCGUCUGAUAGAGAGAGAUCAGCGAGAGGCAGGGAUCACAGUCGAGACCAGGAGCACUGGAGGAACUGAACUGGACCGAUUUAUUUCAAAAGUCUGGUUCUCCUAGUUUCUGUACUGUUAAGAAUAACAUAAGAAGUCUUGAAUGUAUAUUUUAGACUGGUACUUUUAAUAGGAUGUUUUCUUGAAGUUAUCAGAAAGCCUUGGAUGUGUGUAAAUAAAAUUAUCCUAGUCAUGACAAAUA